AUGUCUACGAGAAAAGGACCAUUCAGACUUGUCACCGUCAACACGGCGCCAGAGCGCGCAAAGCGCCUCAUUGGACGCUUAAUCACCGAACUCCAAGAUGACUAUGAGAUUAUUCACGUGGAUAACUGUUCGAGCAUCGAUGAGGUUGUUCCGAAAGUAACAGAGCACAAGCCCAAUGUAUUGUUCUCGGCUUCUAUGUGGUCAGCGGAAGAGGCGGAGCAGAUUCACUCUCUGGCAAAGUCUAUUGUGCCUGACAUCAAACUUCACGCGAUUCCGACGGGACUGCAGGUUGAGAGAGGACCGGAUGCUAUUGUCGAGUACCUUGUUGAAAAGGUUCCUCCUCUACUGGAUAGCUAG